AUGCUGCCACGUUUCUUUCCAAAGGCUCUUUCCGGCUCGUUCCAGCGUAGAGAAAGCAGCGCGGCAUCGUCCUGGAUCUCCACCACAACGCAACUGCUCCUCAUGCUGCCGCCGGCAAGCUGCAUUCGACUCUCCGUGCCCAGCAACGUACCCGAAAACGCCAGUGCGAUCCUGGACCAGGCAUUUCUGAGUUUUGCCAUAGAAGGCAGGGACUUCCUGGACUACAGCGGCAACAGCUCGGUCCCGAACGAAUAUUCGGUCAACAUGCUCUCGACAUUCUCGCAGAAGACGGGCGCGGCGACCUACCUACGCGUGGGCGGGACAACCCAGGAUCACUUCCGCUACGACGCGCACCAGAGCGAGGCGAUCCGCUUCGAGGAGCCCGGGCUCGCGACGUACACGAGUCUCUUCGCGAACAUCACCGUCGGCAGCGCGUGGCUGGACGGGUUCGGGCAGUUCCGCGACGUGGUGUGGGAUCUGCAGGUCUUCCUGGCGCGCAAGAACCUCAGCAACGCGGUCGAGUUUGCGCGGGACUGCGUCGGCGCGAUCGACGUGGGGAAUCUGAACGCGCUGGAGAUUGGAAACGAGCCGGACCUGUAUGGCAGCGUUGGCUUCUUCCCGAAUCAGACGGACCGCCCGGCGGGGUAUUCGGUCGAGGACUACGUGGCCGAGUUCACCGAGUUCGCGGAGGCGCUGGAGGGUAGCAUCACGCUUGGUGACGGGCCGAAUUUUCAGGCUUUGGCGCUGUCGAAUCUUGUUGCGGAUCCUUGGAAUGAGGAAAACGCCUUCGACGCUGGUCUCUCGCCAGACCUUGUGAAAUCCGUUUCCGAGCACUUCUACCAGUCCGAAGAUGGCGAAGACCUUGGCGCAACGCUGAUGAACAAGGCCGCCAUCCGCAGCAAGACGGACGCCAGAUUCAAAGACCGCAUCGCCUACAUGAAAAACGCACACCCCGACAUACCUUUCCUAAUCGCCGAAGCCGCGAGCGCGCUCGGCAACGGCACCGGCAUCCGCGACUUCGACCUCACAGCCAGCCUGGGCACCGCGCUAUGGACCGUCGACUGGCUGCUCUACGUCGCCACGCUCGGCGUCACCCGGGUCAACAUGCAGCUCGGCUCGCGCUUCCCGUUCUCGCCGUGGCUCGCGUCGCCGACGACCAUCAACAACGCGACGCUGGCGCCGCAGACGCUGGGCAGCUUCUACGGCAACGUCUUCGUCGCCGACUUCAUCGGCCGCGACGGCGCGCUGCAGGUCGCGGAGCUCGACGUCGCCGCCGACGACAGCGUCACGGCGUACGCGGCGUACAGCGGCGGGCGGCUGGUGCGCGUCGCGAUCGUCAACCUCGAGGUCUGGCGGGCGGACUCGGAGUCGGGGGGCUCCGUGCGGGGGCGCAAGACGGUGGAGGUCGCGCUCGACGGUGCGUCGAUGGAUGGGUCGCGGUUCGAGGUGAGGCGGUUGACGGGCAGGGACGCCGGGGCGCAGGCGGAGGACAUUACGUGGGCGGGGAUGCAGUGGACGCGCGAGAGCAACGGCUUGCCGGUGGUGGUGCAUCGCGACGGCUACGCGACGGCGCCCGUGGGAAAUAAUGGGUCGGUGCGGGUGAGCUGCCAAGCCUCGGAGGCGCUGCUGCUGCAGAUAAUUACUCCGGCGGAUGGCAACUCUUCCGACUUUGCCGGCUAG